CACUGAACAACUGGUGUUUGUCUGUUCCGAGGAAUUUAUGGAGUUUGCUUUGUUUUUUGUGUUUUUGAAAGCUCUCUCUGUGUGCUUUGUUUUUUUGCUCUUUAUUUGAAUCCUCUCUGCAUUUUUUUUUCUCUACUGUUAAUUUACCAUUUUUUUGAACUCUCUGUGUGUGUGUUUUGGUUGAUUUGCUUCUGGGUUUUGUGUGUUUUGAGAGGAUCUUUUCCUGCUCAAUUUCCUCCUUCUUUGCUCAAAUCUCGUGAAGGAGAUUGUUUCGGCUGUUCCAGAAAUCCUUUGAACUAUCAUUGUGAAUUUGCCAUUGAAUGCUGUUGGUGUUUUUGAGUUCUGUUGCUAGUUAAAUUGGGUAAGAUGGAUAAAAGGAGUUGGCCUUGGAAGAAAAAAUCGUCUGAUAAGCAUGCGGUUGAGAAAGCAGUUGCCACUGCAUCAGACUCAUUGGCAGCUGCCUCAGAGUUGGACACAGCUCUAGCCGAAAAGGCGAAACAAGAAGCCACUAAAAAGCCAAAGUAUGUCCAAAUUUCCAUGGAAUCAUAUGCACAUCUUACCGGACUAGAGGAUCAACUCAAGUCGUACGAAGAACAAGUCCAGAGCUUAGAAGACGAAGUGAAAGAACUGAACGAAAAGCUUUCUGAAGCCAACACCGAAAUGACUAAUAAAGAAAUCCUUGUCAAACAACACGCCAAGGUCGCUGAGGAAGCUGUCUCUGGUUGGGAAAAGGCAGAAGCUGAAGCUGCAGCCCUGAAAAACCACCUUGAGUCUGUCACCCUGCUGAAGCUCACAGCCGAAGACCGCGCAUCCCACCUGGACGGGGCCCUCAAGGAAUGCAUGCGCCAGAUACGUAAUUUAAAAGAAGACCACGAGCAGAAGCUGCACGACCUCAUCCUGAGCAAGGAAAAACUUUUCGACAAGAUGAAGCUCGACCUCGAAUCCCAAAUCGCCGACCUUGACCAAGACCUUAUGAAAUCAGCCGCCGAGAACGCGGCCCUUUCCCGAUCCCUCCAAGAACGCUCGAACAUGCUCGUCCAGCUCAGCGAAGAGAAAUCUCAAGCGAGAGCCGAGAUCGAGAUCCUCAAGACCAACAUCGAGUCGUGGGAGAAGGAAGUGAGCUCGCUAAAAUACGAGCUCCAUAUCGCCCGUAAGGAGGUCGAGAUUCGGAACGAGGAGAAGAACAUGAGCGUGCGAUCCGCUGAGGUGGCGAACAGGCAGCACCUCGAGGGGGCAAAGAAGAUCGCGAAGCUCGAGGCCGAGUGCCAGCGGCUGCGUGGCCUUGUCCGGAAGAAGCUUCCGGGACCUGCAGCUUUAGCCCAGAUGAAGCUCGAGGUCGAGAGCAUGGGCCGGGAAUACGGGGAGCCUCGACUGAGACGGUCACCGGUCAAACCUCCAAGUCAGCAUUCUCCCCAUUUUCCCGAGUUCUCGCUCGACGGCUCGCAAAAGUAUGUUAAGGAGAACGAGCUGCUGACCGAACGUUUGCUGGCUAUGGAGGAAGAGAUGAAGAUGCUUAAGGAGGCGCUUGCAAAGCGUAACAGCGAGCUGCAGGCUUCAAGAAGCUUGUACGCGCAGACAGCCAGCAGGCUACAGAGUCUGGAAGCGAAUGUGCAGGCGAAUGGCGAGCAGAAGAGUCGUGCGAAAGGCGGUAAUUUGUCGAGUUAUGCUUGUCUGUCCGAGGAUGGGAAUGAGGAUAGCAUGAGUUGUUCGGGAUCGUGGACUAUGAUGUCUGAGGUCUCGCAUUUGAAGAAAGAAAAGAAUGUGGAUAGCCCAGAUAAGUCUGAAAAUGCGAGUAAUCAUCUGGACUUGAUGGAUGACUUUCUGGAGAUGGAGAAGUUGGCUUAUUUGUCAAACGGAUCGAGUACAGCAGUUUCGAAUAUGGAGUUGUCGGAUAAUACUGGCAAAAGUGGGUGCGAGCUGUUGAGUAAUGAAGCUCUGGUUGAGGUUGCCGUAAAUGACUCCGAAGAAUCCCCUCAUCAAGAUCCACACAUCUUUGCUGAACUGCAAUUAAAGAUAUCCUCGGUGCUUGAGCUGACGUCUGGUGAGAAAGAAAUGGAAAAAGUUGUUGAGGACAUUAGACGUGUCAUGCAAGAUAUUCAUGAAAAUUUGCGGCUCCAGACAGUUUGUUCUUCUGGUAAAAUUAACUCGUGUACUAAAGAUAUCGAGAAAAUCGGUGAAAAUUUACAAACUGCCAUGGCUCAGAUUUAUGACUUCAUAAUGAUUAUUGGGAAAGAGGCUAAAGCUAAUAUACCGGGAACAGCUACUGAAGGGGAAGGAUUGCACGAAAAACUUGACACGUUCUCAGCCAAGUACAGUGAGGCUUUAUAUGGAAAUGUUAAUCCAAUCGAUUUUGUUCUGGACAUAUCUAGUGUGCUGAACAAGGCGAGCGAGCUGCAUUUCAAUGUCUUGGGAUUCAAAGGCUCUGAAGUAGAAACCGGCAGCUCUGACUGUAUAGACAAGAUUGCACUUCCAGAGAACAAGCCUGAUUUGAAUUCACUAGAAGAGAGAUAUUCUGCAAAUGGCUGUGCUCGGUUUUCGGAUUCCGCUUCCGAUCCUGAUGUGCCUAAUGACGGGAAUCUUGUCCCGACCUCUGAGUCGACUGCUGCCCCAUGGAAGUGUUCGUUGGAGGAGUUUGAACAGUUGAAGGCGGACAAGGAUAACUUAGCGGAUGACCUUGCUAGAUGCAUGGAGAAUUUUGAGAAUACAAAGUCCCAAUUGGUAGAAACUGAACGGAUUUUGGGUGAGGUGAGGUCAAAGUUGACUUUGGCCGAGAAGUCCAACAGCUUGGCCGAGACACAGCUCAAAUGCAUGGCCGAGUCGUACAAAUCACUUGAAACACGGACAGAUGAAUUGAAGAAUGAAGUAGGUGUCCUUCAAGAGAAGAUAGAAAGUUUGGAAAGUGAGCUACAAGAAGAGAGAAGGUGUCACCAGGAGGCGCUCCAGAGAUGCAGAGAUCUUCAAGAGCAGCUGGAAAGGAUGGAUUGUUUGGAAGCAGAUGAGAAUGAUGACAAGACUAGCCAGGAGAAAGAGCUAGCAGCUGCAGCUGAAAAACUUGCCGAGUGUCAAGAAACUAUUUUCCUUCUCGGCAAACAACUGAACUCCCUUCGUCCCCAAACCGACACCUCGACUCCUCCAAACAACUCAAGAAAUCAAGAAGUCGAGCCCCUUUUUCAGGAGGAACCCACCAUAAGUGGCACAGAAAAUAUGCAAGAAACCGAAUCAUUAGAAGCUGAUACUUUUGUUUUACAUAGAGCUGGAUCAGAGUCUCCAAUGGACCCAUUCAACUCCUCAUAUACUCCUUCGGACUUUGAAGCUAACCACUUUCUGAGAUCGCCUGUCGGCUCUAAGUAUCCUCCUAAACACCGUCCUACAAACUCAGGCUCGUCUUCUGCUUCGUCCACACCUACCCCGGAAAAGCAUGCUCGUGGGUUUAGCAGAUUCUUUUCUGCUAAAGGUAAAAAUUAGCUGUUGAGUGUGAAUUGGUCUCGUGUUCGUUUUCAUGCCCUAGGUUUUAUCGUCUAGAUGAAGUGGUUGUAAGUUGUAACGGUAUUCUAAAUAAAAACCAAAAAGAAAAAAAAAAAAAGAGAGAAAGAAAAUGAUGAUGUUGUAGUUUAAGCUUUUUUCAUAUUUUGUUUGAUUAAUGUAAAUAAGGAUCCUUUUCAACUUGUUCAUUGCCAUACUUGUAAUUUUUGUGCUUAGAUUUUGGAGGGUCCGUCUUUUUUGGAAGUGGUACUCUCUUGUUGCAAUAGUUUUGAAUGCUAGUUUUUUGGUAUUCUUUGGGUUACAUGCUUGUUGUGAAGAAACUAGCGGAAUUGUUCAUUUACUCACCUUAACAGGUCUCAAAAUUUUUGUGAUUUUUCAGCCACAGCCACUGUAUAUUAUAUAUGAUAAUCUUUUGUCUCUACCAGUUGGUGAGUAUAGAAAGUCACAAAA